GCAGGCGUGCUCGCUGUUUGCAGCAGUGCCCAGCCUCUCUCUGCGAAAUAAUGCUUUUUGUAUUCCCGCAUGCCGUUUGUUUUCUUUUAUAAAAUGUCAAGUGCAGACAAGUCAUAGUCUUAACCGUCAUGGUCUAUCGUCGAUACAGUAGGUUGACCUAGCUCAUACGAUCCUCAUCAUCAAACGGUGGGUACUCGGCUCUGGCGUCAUGCAUGCACUACCACAGCCGGGGAACCAACGUUAUAUCAAGGUAUAAACAGGAUGAGGCCUAUUUGUUAGACCCCGACCAACCCACCUCCGCUCAACGAGAAUAUCAUCGUGAUGGCCGAUGAUGAUGAUCAACAACAACCUGGUCAGCUGAAGCCCAACUCGGGAUUGGGCUCUCUUCCAACGUUAGUACCAGGACUACAGGGCCCCGAGGCCAAUGCGUUGCAGUACAAAAUAAAGAAUUCAAUUUGCAAAUCUGUACAAUCAAAAGUGGACAACAUAUUGCAAGAUGUUGAGAAGUUUACAGACAUCGAGAAACUCUACCUCUACCUUAAGUUGCCUUCUGGUCCCAACAAUGGCAUUGAUAAAAGGACUGAGAAUCAGAGAGCCUCCACUCCUGGACUAUGUGACCAGAGUGGCAUGUCGUCCAGCCGAACACAGCAGAUGUACGCUUUCAACUGGAUCCGCAAUCACCUAGAGGAGCACCCUGAGACAUCACUGCCAAAGCAAGAGGUGUACGACGAAUACAAGAGCUACUGUGACAGUCUUGCCUACCACCCACUGAGUGCUGCAGACUUUGGAAAGAUCAUGAAGAACGUGUUUCCCAACAUGAAGGCUCGCCGCCUGGGCAUGAGAGGCAAAUCUAAAUACUGUUAUAGUGGACUGAGGAAGAAAGCUUUUGUUCACAUGCCUUCUCUGCCCAACUUGGACUUACAAAAAUCAGAUGACGGUUGUGAGUUAAUGGAGCCGUCGUCGGGCCAGUCUCCCAGUGCGGAGGAUGAGAUGCGCUCCGCGGCCUGUGGCUUGGUGUGUGAGUGGGCUCAGAAGGUCCUCAGCAGACAGUUUGAUGCCGUGGAGGACCUGGCUCGCUUCCUGCUCAACAGUCACUACAUAGGAACCAAGUCUAUGGCUGCCCUCACCGUCAUGACUGGGGCUCCCACAGGUCUAAAGACGCCCACGCCAACCUCUGCGUUCGUGCCCACGUCCGAGGCCUCGUCCUUCCAGCCGCAGGUGAAGACGCUUGCCUCUCCCUCGGUAGACGCCAAGCAGCAGCUCCAGAGGAAGAUCCAGAAGAAACAGCAGGAGCAGAAGCUCCAGUCCCCCCUGCCUGGAGAGGCCCAGGGACAGAACCAGGCCAGGAGGACAGAGGCCAGCACCCCAGGGCCAGCUAUCCCCUGUGGAAGUCCUGCUCUGCUCUCACCACAACCUACCAUUGGUAUAGUGGUGGCAGCUGUCUCCAGUCCCAUCACGGUCCAGAGGAGCAGACAGCUGAUGACUUCCCCUAGCCCAGUGGGAUCCGCCGAGGGGAAGGUCCUGCCAACGGUCAACUUCCAGGUGGUCACCCACACCCAGUCUCUGACCCACAGGCAGUCACCGAAGACUCCCCAAAACAUCUCAGCCAGCCCAGUGGGCGACCGCCUGGCCAGGCACAGGUACCCCCAGAUCCUCCCCAAGCCCUCAGCCACAGGGGCCAUCACCCUGCGUUCGCCCCCCACCCUGCUCAUCACAAACAGCCCUAUGAAGACCCACCACGUUGUCAAGAUGACCGCCAUCUCCCUGGCCCCUAGCAACACUCUCAGUACCAGCAGUAACAGUAUGGUCCUCAGGCCAGCCUCGGCCGGGGUGGGAACCACCACCACCACCACCACCACCUUUACCACCAUCGCUGCCCUAGAGGAGGUCCAGGGACAGAGCCAGGGGCCCCCAGCCCCAGCCACCCCCCAGUCCCCUGCAGCAUGGCCUGGCGCCCCACCCUCCACCCCUAUUCCCACAGUGGUCCCUGAGGCCAUCAUCACUGAUAAUAACCCGGGCUGUAACUCUGAUAAACGGAGCACCAUAAAGCAGUCCCCCUGUGGGGCCAAAGGUCCAGAGAGAGCCACCAAGUACCGAGCGGCCAGCGAACCCUCGCUUAUGGUCAAAUGCUCACCAGGACCUGACAGAGUGACCGCUAGGACCAAAAGCGUCUCAUUCUCCUCCACUUCUCCUCCAGCUGCUGUCACCAAUGCAGCGAUCAAGUGGGCGGGGCCUCAGCAGGACAGCAAUAAGAGCAUCAUCGCCACCACCUGUCAUCAAGAAAGUCCUUUGUAUCUGACCGUUGCUCCCUCGGCCAAUCAAAAUACUCCUAACGUCAGCGGAAUGUCCUCCUCGUCCAAUGGCUCGUCGGCUGUUACCUUAUUGUCCCCUAAAGACUCCUCGUUCGGGGUCAAGAGCCCCAGGAAGCGGGCCGGCCCCGGGCUGGAUUCCUCCCACGUCAUCCCUGUGAAGCGCGUCUUCAUCUCCCAGCAGCCUUUGAGUGUGACCUUUGACCCCAAACCAUGGGUUCCAGCUAGACCUGGCACUCCGGCCAGACCUGAGAGUGCCCCCUGUCGAGUGACGGUGAAACAACACCUAGUGCCCACGAAGAUCCUGGCGCUGUCCGACUCGCCUGUCACGAACGCAGACAUCUCCUCCCUCUCUUCCUCGCAGGCUGUCGUCAGUGUGAAGCCACAGGUCUCCUCGUUGCUGGUAGUGAAACGUGAAGACCCGUCCUCUCGAGGACUAACACUAAGCACUGUUAGCAGUCACACCAGCAGCACUGCAGCCCCUGAUAGCACCACCACCACAAUGUCUGAGCAGCAGCAUCAAUCUGAGGCCUCUGUUUCUGCGAUGGCGGUUGGAGCACAGCAUCAAUCUGAGGCCUCUGUUUCUGCGAUGGCGGUAGGAGCACAGCAUCAAUCUGAGGCCUCUGUUUCUGCAAUGGCGGUAGGAGCACAGCAUCAAUCUGAGGCCUCUGUUUCUGCAAUGGCGGUAGGAGCACAGCAUCAAUCUGAGGCCUCUGUUUCUGCAAUGGCGGUUGGAGCACAGCAACAAUCUGAGGCCUCUGUCUCUGCGAUGGCGGUAGGAGCACAGCAACAAUCUGAGGCCUCUGUCUCUGCGAUGGCGGUUGGAGCACAGCAACAAUCUGAGGCCUCUGUCUCUGCGAUGGCGGUAGGAGCACAGCAACAAUCUGAGGCCUCUGUUUCUGUGAUGGGGGAUAUAAAGAGCACAAUGUGGGAGGAGUCAGCUGCGGGGCACCCGGAAGAGCUGCAGAAACAGACCUUCAGUCAGAAUAUACCAGCAGACCACACCAAGCAGCAGGCCCUGGGCUCCACCAUGAACCAACACCAACUCCCAAACAUCAUGUCCCAGACCUCAGACUCCUCUGAUCAGUUAUCUGGCCUUCACCAGGAGAUGGUGGACUUUGCCUCCUCAGCCUCCCAGCACGGCUCCACCAUGGACUACUUCUCCUUUAACGAUGACGAUAUGACCCAGGACAGCAUAGUGGAGGAACUGGUUCAGAUGGAAGAACAGAUGAAGCUGAAGGGCCUCCAGCCGUUGUUCAGUAGCUGUGUGGAUAAUAUCUCUCUCCAGGGCCCCGGGGGCCCCCAGGGGUCCAUCCUCAACACUCACCACCAGGGGGAUAGUUCCUCUUUCUACCAGUCUGCCCAUAGCAGCACAACCCCCAUCCAGACUCCCACCCCGACUCCCACCCCAACUCCAACCCCGACCCCCACCGAGAUGACUCUCGGUGGGCACGGGCUGACCAGAGAGAGCCCCUGUUGCCAUCACAGCAUGGCCCCUAUCACGCCCGUGGAGGGGCCUCUAGGAGGCCGACACACCCCUAUAAGCGCUCUGUCUAACUGUUCUAGCGGCAUCCCGCCCAGCCCGGUGGAGUGCAGGAACCCGUUUGCCUUCACCCCUAUCAACUCCAGCAUGGCAGGGGGUUACCACGAUGCCUCUGUGGUGUCUGUCUCCUCCAGUCCCAUCAAGCCCAUGCAGAGACCCAUGGCCACUCACCCUGAUAAGGCUAAACUGGAGUGGAUCAACAACCGCUACAACAGUAGUGGUACUGAAGCUACUGGAGGAGUCGGAGCAGGGUCAGGUUCCGGGUUAUCCAUCUCUAACCACAGCCUUGGUGGACUCCUGCCUAGUUACCAGGAUCUAGUUGAUGACCAUUUCCGUAAGCCGCACGCCUUCGCUGUUCCGGGCCACAGUGGCCAGUCUUUCCAGUCUCAGUCCAGACUGCAGGAUGGCGAACACUUCUCUCCCAUCUCCCCGGUGCAACAGCAGAUGACCAGCGUGUCGACCACGCCCACCAACACUCCAACCAAACAGGAUGAGAGAUUUGCUGUGCCCGCUCCUUUAGACAACAAGGGCGGCGCCUCAUCGUCGGGGGGCGGGACGUUCCGUUGCCGUAGCGUCAGCCCCGCCGUCCGCCAGAGGACCUUCAGCGGCACCGGCACAACACCCGGCACUAGCACAACCACUCAAUUGGUCGUCUCCCCUUUCAGCUCCCCCAUGACCUCCUCCGAGAUACUCAGCUUCCUGUCCAAUAGCCAAUCGGUGGGCAGUAACCUCCACAGCAUGGCCCAGCGCAGCCAAUCGGUGCCCUUAAACAUCAUGAUGCAGAGCGUUGUGGAGAUGGAGCUGCUUCCUGUAGAGAUGCAGGCCAUCCAGGGACAGAACCAGAGUAACGUCAAUAAGAUCACCAACGUCCUCUUGAGUAAGAUGGACUCUGGCGUGGACGACACAGUCAGGGGCCUGGGCAUCAACAACUUCCCCUCCAACUACACUGCCCGCAUGAACCUCACCCAGAUGCUGGAGACCCAGUCUCAGAGCCAGGCCACCAAUGGGAGCUUCACAACCGGAAGGGGAGGAGGUAACACCCACCAAUCCCACCUUCAGCUGCAGACCGUCAGCUCCAGCCCUGCCUCCUUCGACCUCCAGCAGCAUGGGAGCUACCUCACCAGCGCUGGAGGAGGCGGGGGGGGUGUGAGCUUCUCCUCUGGAGACAACCAAGCACAAACAGGUCCUGGUGAGAAUGUGGACCUGGAGCUCCAGCAGAUCCAGGGCCUCCAAGAGCUCCAGACCCAGACCCAGCUCCAAUCCCAGGCUAGACUGCUCCAGAGUCCACAUCCCCAGCUCCAGGGUGGGCUCCAGCUUCUCCAGACCCAGACCCAGCUCCAAUCCCAGACUAGACUGCUCCAGAGUCCCCAUCCCCAGCUCCAGGGUGGGCUCCAGCUUCUCCAGACCCAGACCCAGCUCCAAUCCCAGGCUAGACUGCUCCAGAGUCCCCAGCUCCAGCUUCUCCAGACCCAGUCCCAGGUACUCCUCCAGCCCACCCCCACCCAGCAGCAACAGGAGGAUGAUGCCCAGCAACAGCUAGACUUCAACAACACUGUUAAAGACCUGUUAGGUGAUGACGGCCUCAACGUUGACGCUGAAGGCCUCAACCCCAGCUCUCAACUGGUCGGUCAGGUGGCGUCAGAGCUUAAUGCUGCCGUGGUGUCCGACUUCACCAAUGACAUCAGGUUGACCUCCGACCUUUCCAACAGCAUCACUGACCUGAACACACUGGACGCCAACCUCCUGUUCAAUCCGUCCAAUCAGCAGCAAGAACAGUACGAAGACGCCACACUGGAAGAGCUGAAGAACGAUCCUCUGUUUCAGCAGAUAUGUAGUGAUACUGUGAACUCCUCGUUCGACUGGCUAGAGAGCAAAGACCAGCCUACUACCGUAGAGAUGUUGGGCUAAUGUUGUUAUUGGACGCAUCCCAAAUGGAUGCUCAUUCCCUACAUAGUGCACUACUUUUCAUCAGGGUCCAUAGGGGCGACCCAUAGGGCCUGGUCAAAUGAAGUGCACUAAAUAUAGGGAAUAGGAUGCCAUUUCAAAUGCAAACCAGUAUUUUUAAAUAAGUAUUUAUGGUUUUCGUUUUGUUGUCUUUUGUUUUGAACUGUGAGUAAUUUGUAUACAGUAUAUUUGGGAAAAUAUUCAGACCCCUUCACUUUUUACACAUUUUGUUACGUUACAUUAUUUUUCUAAAAUGGACUCAAUUGUUCCCCCCAUCAAUUUACACACAAUAACCCAUAAUGACAUCACAAUACCCCAUAAUGACAUCACAAUACCCCAUAAUGACAAAUACCAAAAUAUUACAUUUACAUAAGUAUUCAGACCCUUUACUCAGUACUUUGUUGAAGUACCUUUGGCAGCGAUUACAGCCUCGAGUCUUCUUGGUUAUGACACUACAAGUAUGGCACACCUGUAUUAGGGGAGUUUCUCCCAUUCUUCUCAGCAGAUCCUCUCAAGCUCUGUCAGGCUGGAUGGGGAUCGUUGCGGCACAGCUAUUUUCAGGUCUCUCCAGAGGUGUUCUCUCGGGUUUAAGUCCAAGCUCUGGCUGGGCCACUCAAGGACAUUCACAGACUUGUCCCCUAAGCCACUCCUGCGUUGUCUUGGCUGUGUGCUUAGGGUCGUUGUCCCAUUGGAAGGUGAACCUUCGCCCCAGUCUGAGGUCCUGAUCGCUCUGGAGCAGGUUUUCAUCAAGGAUCUCUGUACUUUGCUCUGUUCAUCUUUCCCUCGAUCCUGACUAGUCUCCCAGUCGCUGCCUCUGAAAAACGACCAACAGCAUGAUGCUGCCACCACCAUGCUUCACCGUAGAGAUGGUGGAGGUUUCCUCCAAACAUGACGCUUGGCAUUCAGGCCAAAGAGUUCAAUCUUGGUUUCAUCAGACCAUAGAAUCUUAUUUUUCAUGGUCUGCGUCCUUUAGGUGCCUUUUGGCAAACUCCAAGCGGGCUGUUAUGUGCCUUUUACUGUGGAGUGGCUUCCGUCUGGCCAUUCUACCAUAAAGGCCUGAUUGGUGGAGUGCUGCAGAGAAAGUUGUCCUUCUGGAAGGUUCUCCCAUCUCCACAGAGAAACUCUGGAGCUCUGUCGGAGCGACCAUCGGGUUCUUGGUCACCUCCCUGACCAAGGCCCUUCUCCCCUGAUUUCUCCGUUUGGCCGGGUGGCCAGCUCUAGGAAGAGUCUUGGUGGUUCCAAACUUCUUCCAUUUAAGAAUGAUGGGGACCUGUGUUCUUGGGGACCUUGGAUGCGCAGACAUUUUUUGGUAUGCUUCCCCAGAUCCUGUGCCUCGACACAAUCCUGUAUCGGAGCUCUACCGACAAUUCCUUAUACCUAAAUGGCUUGGUUUUUGCUCUGACUCGCACUUUGAACUGUGGGACCUUAUAUAGAGAGGUGUGUGCCUUUCCAAAACAUGUCCAAUCAAUUGAAUUUACCACAGGUGGACUCAAAUCAAGUUGUAGAAACAUCUCAAGGAUGAUCAAUGGAAACAGGAUGCACCUGAGCUCAAUUCCGAGUCUCAUAGCAAAGGGUCUUAAUACUUAUGUAAAUAACGUAUUUCAGUUUUUUAUUUUUUAUAAAUUUGCAACAACAAAAAAAAAACUGUUUCCGCUUUGUCAUUAUGAGGUAUUGUGAUGUCAUUAUGAGGUAUUGUGAUGUCAUUAUGAGGUAUUGUGUGUAGAUUGAUGAGAACAUUUUUUUAUUUAAUCCAUUUUAGAAUAAGGCUGUAACGUAAUGUGGAAAAGGUCAAGGGGUCUGAAUACUUUCCGAAUGCUCUGUAUACCUGUUUAUUUAUUACUGUUUGUUGGGGAAAAAACUUCUGGACUCUUGGCCAUUUGUCCAAUGAAAAGUGCCAGCCAAACUCUUCCUACUGACACGCUGCUUUAUAGCACUGUUAGCCUAACCCUCUCAUACUGACAUGCUGCUUUAUAGCACUGUUAGCCUAACCCUCUCCUACUGACAUGCUGCUUUAUAGCACUGUUAGCCUAACCCUCUCCUACUGACACGCUGCUUUAUAGCACUGUUAGCCUAACCCUCUCCUACUGACAUGCUGCUUUAUAGCACUGUUAGCCUAACCCUCUCCUACUGACACGCUGCUUUAUAGCACUGUUAGCCUAACCCUCUCCUACUGACAUGCUGCUUUAU